CAUUUCUCUGCGUCGAACACGUACAAUAACAUGAUACGUACAAAUUUAUUUAUGUGUGAGUGUCGUAGUUGUAUAAAUGCUUUGACGUUGUAACUGAAGAAAUCAGUCGAGGUCAAGCUUUCUAGACGGUCGGAGCCAAGAAGGAACGUUCGCUAAAGUAUCUCAAUAAGAAAAGUUACUGCGAAAAGAUGGCAAAAUUAAUCUUAUACGUCUUCAUAGCGUUGCUAGCUACGUCUCUUAUCAUGGCCGAUAAGUCAAACUGUCGUCGACAUGGUGACCCCUGCGUUUCUAGUUCAGAAUGCUGUGCCAAUAUGAGAUGUCACAUUUACGCAAAUAGAUGUCAAGUUAUAAUUACUGAAGACGAACUGAUGCGUCAACGUGAAAAAAUCUUGGGUCGAAAAGGCAAAGAUUAUUAGAAGAUGUAACAAUAAUGUGUUAAUGUUUCGUUAAGUCGUGAGUUUAAUCUGAAGACUGUAUUUCAAGAAAUUGGGCAGUAAUAUAUAAGAUUUGUAUAAUAAUCAAAAAAUUAUUAUAUGACGUAUAUAUAUUUAAUAUAAAUAUAAAUAAUGCAAUAUUUUUCGACAACAAAUGCAAAAAAAAAGCAUAAAUUGGAAAUGUCUUAUAUAUCAAGAGAUUUGUAAAAAUACAUAAAAUACAUAUUUAUCUACACUUAGAAAAAUAUUUUUACUUUUAAUUUUGCAUAAGAUAUUUGCCAUCAUAUUAUGUUAAUAUCUUUUUGCGUAAAAAAAAAAUAAUUCAUUACUCACUGACAGGAUGCGCAACAGCGGAAUUGUAAUAUGUAUGUUGAUCUGUAAAAUAUAAAUAAAUUAAAAUUAAAAU